AUGCCUCCCGCGAUUGAGGCGUUGGCGUUAUCCCUGCCCUUUCCGAUCGUGGCGCCCAUUUAUCCUGUUGCGACGAAGCGUGACGGUCCCCUCGAUCGCGGGCGAGGCGGACCUCGGGGCAUGAACCACCAACAACCGGCCGCCUUCACGCCCCUCGAGUCGCUGUUCCUGUUCCAGAGCCUGCUUUCGCAGGGGGUCGACGGCGGGGCGUUUGCGCGCAUCUCGGAGCUGCUCAGGGGCAACCCCCUGAUCAAGAGCGGCGAGACGUACGAUGCUGCGCGUCUGACGCCCGAGGCGCUGCAGCAGCAGUUUCUGGGCCUGCUGCGGGACGAGCUCAAGGGGGGCGAUGCGGAGCGCAUUGAUGGGGGACAGACGACAGCGGCGGCGGCUGGGGGAGGAGGGGACGGGACGGGGUCGCCUCCUGGGUCGUUGAAGAGGAAGCUGGGGAGCCAAGCGGUGCCGACGCUCAAGGAUAUCUACGACAAUCUCGAUGUUCUGCCGACGAUUAUCGACCGGCUGUACGCGCGGUAUCGAGACCACAUGGUUGGGCUGAUUCGCGAGGAUGAGCGUAGGCUGGCCGUCUUGCAGCGGGAGAUUCAGCUGCUAGAGCGCAGCGAAAAGGAGCGCCUUGCCAAGGUGGCCGCCAGCCAGAACGUCACGCCGACUCAGGCCCCACGAGAUCCGAGGACGGCCGCGACGGCAGCGGUGCCGACGACGGCAUCAGGGGUGCCCUCAGUCGCCGCUCCAUCACCGUUACCACCUACAAAUGGAGCUGCUCCCCCUACGCCUUCUCCAACACAGACACCGACGACAGCGCCUCCAGCCAUCAGAAAGGGACCAACUCCGAAUACGCCUGUGCCGCCGCCGAAGCCACCCGUUUCUGCCGUUGCAGCGCCCAAGGUCCCUGUGCAGAGCCAGCUGGCGCCUGCGACGACGCCUUCUCGACCGGCUACCUCACCGAAGCCGCCGCAUGCAGCGUCCUCUGUGCUUCAAGCGCCUACCGGGGCUCCUACACCGCAGCCAGGCAUCCAAGUGUUGCAACCGCCGACGCAGCAGCCGCCGAAUCAGAGUAUACCGCCCCGGCCAGAGCCGGCUGCACCGCAACCUCCAGCCGCGCCUGGAGCUACUCCCGCUCAAGCUGGAUCGCUCAAGUGGGAGAAGCCCUACCAGCCUCCGCCAGCGGCGCAAGCUCCCCCAGCUGAGCAGCAGUUCUCACCACCGCUUCUCUCUACGCCGAGCAAUGCCGGUUUACAGCAGGCUCACCCGUCCGCGCAACAGCAGCAACCUCCACCUUCGCCUGCACAGCAGCAGCAGCAACAGUGGCAACGACAGCCAGUACCUCAUCCGCAACAACCUCCACAACACCCUCAGCACCCCCAACAACCUCAACAACCUCAACACCCUCAACAACCCCCACAACACCCACAGCAGCAGCAUGUGCCAUAUCCUACGCACCCGCCUCAAUCACCACAUGGCCAGGUGGCACAUCUGCCACGUCCCCAACCGCAACUUCAAACACAGCCUCAACAGCAGCAGCAGCAGCAGCAACAACAACAGCAGCCGCAACCCCGGCCACCCCCUGCAAAGUCUGUUUUGGUCCCCCCUCAGCCUGCCGGCCAGCUGGCUGCCCCUAUACAGCCGGGACCUCCUCGUGCAACCGCACCAGGGGCUACGCAGCAAGCUCGUCCGCCAUCGACAACACCGGGCUCGGGCCGUCCCAUCCAACCUCAGCAACAACCUCAGCCUUACCCUCAGCAGCAACAGCAGAGCCAGCAGACAGCAGCCCAGCACCAGCAUAUCCAGAGAGCAGUGCAAGCUCAGCCAUCCUUGCUGGCCCAGAAGUUCCAGCACAUCCCGAGAAUCCAGACACCGCGGCCAAUUGCUUCCGCCAAUUCCCCCAAAGGGUCGCCUUCGGUUACCGCUGCUGGAUCUCCCGUUGCAAAUAAGGGGGCUACUCCUGGAGCUGCCGCAACACAACGAUGGCAGCCGGGCGCUUCCCAAGCACAGCAGGGAGCCCCUCCUCGGCCUGCUCCAUCCCCUUCACUCGCGACAAAGGACAAGCCGCAGGGCCCACCAUAUGGUGCCCAAGCGCCGCGCCCUGCGAUCCCAGAGCACAUGAUCCGGCAGGCGGCUGCUACGCCGGGACCUGUGAGACGACUCAGUCCAGCGUCUCCUGCACCACGGACGCCAGCACCGUCAAGUCCUGUAUCUCUUAAGCGCGGAUUUGGAACCAAGUGGGCAUCGCACUCGACUCCGUCUACCCCCGGUCCGAUUGCCUCAGAGCCGGAGAGUCCGGCUUAUGAACCCGUUAGUCCUCCACUGCAGCGGCCCACGCUCGCAAAAGACUCUGCAGUCAAGGCGGUUCCUAAAAUGGCCGUAUCUAAGCCGGCUGCCACCGUCGAGGCAAACCCCCCAGCAAAGGUACCUCGGGGUCGGCCUCCACGAUCGGUGCAGAGAAGCCGCGGGCCCAGUGCGACGCCCUCUGCCACGGGGACGCGGCGAAGCCAAUCUGUCAUUAGCCAAACAGACGAGCUGUCUCUGGAUCACUCCAUGACCAAGGUGAAGAAGGAGGCGGCGGCAACGCCGCGCCUUAGGGAGGAGACUGGCGAUACGACUGCGGAUGAAAGCAUGCCCGGACGGGGCAUGAUGGGUACUCCCAGCAGUAUGACCCGUGCUUCUAAGCGCAAGCGGCAGGAUACUCCUACUGACCUUCAAGGCCCUCCCACGCACGUGCUGUGGACGCGAGGCUUCACAAAGGUGUCUUCGUCGGCCCUCGACCAGAUCUCGAGCCAUCGCGACGCCAACAUGUUUGCCACCGCCCUGCGGGAGAAGGACGCGCCCAACUACCGGCAGAUUGUCCUCCAACCGCAAGACAUCACGUCGAUCCGCGCCGCCAUCAAGGCCGGCAACAAGGCGGCGCUGCAGGCGGCGGCGAACCUGCCGGGCGGCGAUCCGGGCACGGCCAGCGUCUGGCUGCCCAUCUCCGACGAUCUCGUUCCGCCCCGAGGGAUAAUCAACAGCGCUCACCUCGAGCGCGAGCUGGUGCACAUGUUCUGUAAUGCGAUCAUGUACAACCCCGAUCCGGAUCGCGGCCCCGGGCCGGCAUUCAUGAGGCGGUCGCAGAGCGACGAGGAGGAGGUGGUGGGCUACCGGCUCGACGAGAACGGGGUGGUGAAGAACACGCAGAGCAUGUUCCUCGAAGUGGAGAAGCUCCUGGGGGACCUGCGGGCGGCGGAGAAGGACCGCGGCAUCCCGCCCAUCUCGACGACGAGACAGGGCAGCGUGGCAACGCCGACGGCGGCGGCGGCGGCGGCGGAGGACACGGCCGAGGAGGAGGACGAGCUGGCUGGCGACGGGGACUCGACGUCGGCGUCGGGGACGACGGCCAAGAGGAGGCGCAUCAGCACCAGGAUUUAG